UCACCGUUGUAAAAAUUCGAAUAUGCCGGCUAACGCUGACGAACGUAUACCGAGUGUUAUAGACGAGCCUGCAUCGUACAGCGACGCAGUGGCGUCUUCGUCAGACGAAGACACAUUUACCGGAAAAACCAACUUAAAAGUGUUCCCGAACGUCCAAUCGAAACUCGCGACUUUUCAAAGUUACUCCACGAGAAAAGACCACGAAGACUUUUUUCGAGACUGCUUCGAAUUGUUGAUCAAAAAUGCCGUGUUCGAGGGAACCAGCCGGGAAAAUAAAGUGCUGAAUUUCCAAAAUCCUGAAGAACUUCCAAAUCUUUUUGAUUUUAAAUUAAGGGGUUCUCCGACUACUCAUUUGGAUUUGCUGAAGAUUCUGCAAGAUACCAUUCAUUAUUCGGUGAAAACUGGACAUCCAUAUUUUGUCAAUCAGCUCUUUUCUUCUGUGGAUCCAUAUGGGUUAAUUGGACAGUGGCUUACGGAUGCAUUGAACUCGAGUGUUUACACCUAUGAAGUGUCUCCAGUAUUCUCUUUGAUGGAAGAAACCGUCUUAAAGGAAAUGAGGAAGAUCGUUGGGUAUAAAGACGGUAAUGGCGAUGGUAUUUUUUGCCCGGGUGGAUCUAUUGCUAAUGGCUAUGCUAUAAAUUGUGCAAGACAUAAAUAUUUUCCGGAUAUUAAGACAAAAGGAAAUAGCUGCGUUCGUCGAUUAGUCCUCUUCACGUCUGACCAAAGUCACUAUUCCAUCACCAAAUUGGCCUCUUUUCUUGGAAUAGGAUCCGGUAACGUUUAUUCUAUCAAAUCGGACUGCAAAGGAAAGUUGGAUGUCGCGCAUCUGCGAUCCGAAGUUGAACGAGUUCGAUCUGAAGAUGCAGUACCAUUUAUGGUUUGCGCUACUGCGGGUACUACCGUUUUUGGAGCAUACGAUCCGAUAAAUGAAAUAGCAGAUGUGUGCGAAGAGUACGACAUGUGGUUGCACGUGGAUGCCGCUUGGGGUGGAGGUGUUCUGAUGUCUAGGAAGUAUAGGCAUUUAAUGAAGGGAAUUGAAAGAGCCGAUUCUGUAACUUGGAAUCCUCAUAAACUUCUGGCCGCUCCACAACAAUGCUCCACAUUACUAAUUCGCCACGAUGGAAUCUUGGCCGAAGCAAAUGGGACACAAGCAGCAUAUCUUUUCCAAAAAGAUAAAUUUUAUGACACUACGUAUGACACAGGUGAUAAACACGUCCAAUGCGGUAGGCGAGCUGACGUCUUCAAAUUCUGGUUCAUGUGGAAAGCGAAAGGGUCAUUAGGUUUCGAAAAGCACAUUGACAAAGUAUUCGAAAACUCUAAAUAUUUCCUCGAAACCGUAAAGAAUCGAGAAGGCUUCGAGCUGCUGUUAGAAGAACCCGAAUGCACAAAUAUAUGUUUCUGGUACAUCCCGCCCAGUUUGAGACAACUGGAAAAAUCGGGUUCCCAGUACAAAGACAAAUUACACAAAGUUGCCCCGAAAAUUAAGGAGAUGAUGAUGAAGGAGGGCAACAUGAUGGUGACGUAUCAGGCUCAGAAAGAUUAUCCAAAUUUCUUCAGGAUUGUGUUCCAAAGUUCAGGGUUGGAUAAAGCUGAUAUGUGUUACUUUGUUGAUCAAAUUGAAAGUAUGGGCAAAAAUUUGUAAAUAUUUUUUUUAGCGAUAGUUGUAUUGUUAAUAUUUAUUGUAAUACUAAUGUAAUUGUACAAUGUAACAAAUAUUAAUAGAUUGAAUAUAUU